AUGGAAUCAUGGCUUCCCUCAAAGUUCACCACCAUCCUAGCUGAAAUAUUGAUGCUAGUGUUGCUUUCACAGUUAGUACUUUUCUUCUCCAAUCUUUAUUUCCCUGUUCCAAUAAUGGUCACUUCUUCAAAGAGUGAAUCUCAAGGGAAAGCUCUUCUUCAAUGGAAAGCCACCCUUGAAACACAAGACCUCCUUCACACUUGGAUGUCAACGGGCAAUCCGUGCACCUGGACUGGAAUCACAUGCAAAUAUGAUGGUUAUCUCAUGCUAACCAUCAUCAGGGUCCAACUAGGAGAGUUAGGACUAGAAGGGAAGCUAGAGACUCUCAACUUCUCAGCUCUGCCGUCUCUACACAUUCUCAACCUCACCAACAACAAGCUCCAUGGAACAAUCCCUGCAGCCAUUUUAGCUCUCCCCAAGCUUACCACCCUUUAUCUCUUUGGUAAGAAUCUUAGAAGCACCAUCCCAUUAGAGCUUGGUAAUUUGACAAGGAUCAAGACCUUGUGGCUCUCUCAGAAUCAGAUAAGUGGCUCCCUACCUACUUCUUUUGCAAAGCUUCUAAAUCUGAAUUUAUUAACCAUCUCCAAAAAUUUCUUAGUUAAAUCUGUUCCUCCAGUUUUUAGAAACUUGACCAAACUCAAGUGUUUAUAUUUAUGGAGCAAUAGACUCAGUGGUUCCAUUCCUAAUGAGAUUGGGAAUUUAGUGAGCUUAACUGGUUUUAACAUUUCCAACAACCAAAUAACUGGAUUAAUCCUUCCAUCACUUGGAAGUUUGAAAAGUCUUACCAGUUUGGCAUUAAGUCAUAAUUAUCUCUUUGGGAAGAUGCCCGAUGAAUUCACAAACCUCACAAAUUUAAAUAAUCUUCAAUUAGUUAACAACAACCUUUCAGAUAAUCUACCACAAGAUUUGGCAAGACGAGGUUUACUUAACGAACUUGCUUUGGCAUAUAAUAAUUUCCUAGGUUCCAUUCCAACGAGUUUGAAAAAUUCAACAAAUUUAGUGAGAGCCCAUCUUGAAAGAAACCAAUUCACUGGAGAUGUCUCUGAAAGCUUUCGUGUUCAUAUUUAUUUGGAUUAUAUUAAUAUAAGCUUCAAGAAAUUGUCUGGCACAUUAACACCAUUUUGGGGGCAUGUGUUAAUUUGA